ACACGAUGAAACUCAUCUAAAUAAAUAACCUCAAAGAAGCUGUGGUGGGAUCUGAUUACAUCAUACCUUAUCAUCCAUACAGUACACCGCCUAGCGCUAAUCCGCAUUCCGUAAGACCGGAUCAACAAAUCCUCCGGCAAUCUGCGAAACUGCCGCGGAAGUCUUGCUGUCCUGCUUCAGACCCAGCGUAUAGACCUUCUGUCGGACACUCACUGCUGCCGGUCAAUUCCAUUCAGCCUUCAAAAUGGUCGUCCGUAUUCGUCUGGCCCGAUUCGGGAACAAGCAUCAACCAUUUUACAACAUUGUUGUUGCGCAGGCACGGAGUGCUCGUAACUCGAAACCUUUGGAGGUCAUUGGCACUUACAACCCCGUCCCGCAACGCCCUACGAACCUCUCCGACGAGGAAGCCCGCAGCGCAAGGCCAUACAAGGAAGUAUCACUUGACCGGUCCCGAGCCAAGUACUGGAUCGGUGUUGGAGCGCAGCCCAGUGAGGGUGUGUGGCGGUUACUGAGCCUGGCUGGCAUCGGCGAUGGCAGAACAAAGACACAGAACUAAAACUUGUUUCAUUCAUACCCAGAUUUCUUGUAUUGAUUGAUGCAUCGCUAUCCCGAUCUUUACGUCAGUGAUUGAAGAGGACGGCCUAUUUGACUUGAUAUACUCUUUGAGUGCCAUGUUUUGGCAUUUUCCAUGGCGUUAUUGCGUGAACCUUUUCUGGAAUAUAUUGGUUCGAUGACCGAACCUUGUACCUGUACAUUAUGUGAGCUGGUUGUGUUUAAUUGUGACAUGAGAGAAUCGCAUUUGUCGAUUACGGAUUGAUAACAAUAAAUUAUGGAGGGCCACGCUGCGCCCUGAGCGGCUGGUCUUCCCUGUCCGUAUGCAGGCUAAGUCUGGGGCUCCUUGUUCAAUUUCUCAGAUUGCCGGCAAAAUCUGUGGGUUGAAGUAUGCCUUGGACCUAUCGGGGGUCGCACCGGCAUUGUAAAAUGAAACACGGGAGAUAUGGUGAGCCGCGCUGUGGUCAAAGAUGUACAUGCGCCGUAUCUCUACAUGGGUGGCUUCUUGAUUAGAUCACUGACUCGCAGAGUCGCAGUUCGCUUGCGAGUUAACCGUUAUUCCUUGUCUCGGGUUUUUG